AUAUAUAUAUAUAUAUCUCACGAAGGAGAAACCUGUGGCCUUCCAGAUUUUAAAGGACUCUUAACUCCAGUUCCUAUCCACACCAACGGUUAGGGAUGAUCAAGGUUUUUCCAACAACUGCUGAAGGGCUGCAGACUCUUUUCCCGGGGAUCGGUGGGAGCACGACGUAAAAUGUCAUCUGACAGCUUGUCGAGCAAAGCCCUAAAGAUCAAACGGGAAAUGGGCGAGAACACGCCACACCUUUCCGACGAAGAACUAAUGGGUUUGUCGGUGCGAGAACUGAACCACCACCUGCGGGGCCUGUCCAAGGAGGAGGUAGCGCGGCUGAAGCAGCGCCGGCGCACGCUGAAGAACCGUGGCUACGCGGCCAGCUGCCGGGUCAAGCGGGUGUGUCAGAAGGAGGAGCUGCAGAAGCAGAAGACGGAGCUGGAGAGGGAGGUGGAUAAGCUAGCGAGGGAGAACGCCGCCAUGCGCCUUGAGCUCGACGCCUUGCGCGGCAAAUACGAGGCGCUGCAGGGCUUCGCCCGCACGGUCACCGCACACGGCACUACUGGCAAGGUGGCCACUGCCAGCGUCAUCACCAUCGUCAAAUCUGGCUCCAACCAGGCCACAUACUCCUAGUGUCCGUAAGCCCGUGUUGCGAACUGAGUCCUGUUGCCAUGCCUCUGCCCAGCUCUCACCUAGAAUGGCUGUAGCUGCACUGGCCCCUCCCCCUUCUUCCACUUUUCUUCUGCCAUCCAAAGGAGACAGAAUCAACUUGAAGACGAAACGGCUGAAUGUUGAACUUCCUCCUCUGUCCCUUAACCUUCAUGAGGAGAGGCUGGGAAGGUGGUGUCCGACUUGCGUAAUUAACUGUUGAUGUUUAUCCGUGGAUUGAAAUGCAGUGGCCAGUUAUCCCCUUUUUCCUCUCUCCCCCUCCCCGUUUUAUGUUUGCCAGGUUUUUCUCCUCUUGCCUUUCUGCGUACCCUUGCCCCCAGCUGAUGCAAUGGGGUGGGCCUAGAGAGGGCUUCCCUGCUAUAAGCUGGGAACACAGACUCGGAGAACCUUUCGGUUGCAAGGGUUAACAAAAGGGAAAUAACCUUCCUGUGAGAGGGCAAACUAGCUAGAAGCCGCCAUGUUGUCGGUGAGAGCUGCCGCUGCAGGAACCAUCCAGGUUGAAGCAAGGUUCUGGAACCCUUGUCAACUCACCUUUCUCAUCCUGGCCCUGUGUUUGUCUGUGUUGUCACUCUGCCUUUCCUCUUCAUUGUAUCUCACAGCCAUGCACCCUUUGGCUCAGAUCUCUUCAAUUUGUGGGUGUGGUUUGAACUGGCUGUAGCAAGAGCAGCCCUAAUUAGACCUGGGCCUUUGGUAAGUGGGCAGGCUCAAUAACAAUAAAGAGGGAACUAAUUGCAGCAAGGGACAAGGAAGGAAAUUAUUGCCGUACGGUCGUACGAACGAUCUGAGGAAGGGGUCACUGAGGUACAUGCCGAGAAGACUAGGUCAGUUGCUGGUAUCCCACUCUAGCAUAGCAUGCUAGAAUACAGCGCACCGCAGUGAUUUGAAAAGGCAUCCACUGUCUCCAGCUGUGCAGGUGUGCGUGACGCUAGUUCAUGGGACACUACGUUGUAACGGUGCUCUUGGGCUGAGGUUGCAAGAUCUCUGACGUAGAGUGGAAGCAACGUCCUAAAGAGAGGGAGAGCAAGCUAGGAGAAAGUGAGGAGGGGAGUGAUGGGGCGAGGCAGGAGAAUGAAGGGUAAAGCACGUGAAAUAGUUGAGAUGGGGAAGGGGAAACAGGAUUAUAACUGAAAUCCUGGGAAAGCCAUUUGGUUCUAGUGUGAAUAGUUUGCAGAGGCAUCGCUUUGGUGGCCUGUUGCCCAAUUUUGCGGUAUUCCUGCUGAGUGAGGGGUAUGAUAAUUAGGGGACAAAGAGGAGGCAGUCAGAAAGAAACCCCAGCAUGAUCUGCAAAGUGUGUCUUUAUUAUACUAAAUCAACCUGUGUGAAAAUAAAUAGCAGAUGAGGUAUUGCGAGGAGAGAAACUUCCAUAUUUACUCUCCAUCUUCCCUGUGUAGUGUGAAAAACUAGGCCCAGAGCAUCAGGAAAUAAUUAAACAUCAUCGUUACAAAAGUUGAAAAGCAUCUACUUUCAGGAGAAUUUAAUUAUGCAGAGGACUGGCCCAGCCCCAAAGUCAGGAGGAUUCUGCAGCAGGGAUGGGGAACCUGUGGCCCUUCAUCUCUUGUUGGGUUGCAACUCCCAUUGUCCUUGCCCUUUGCUCAUGUUGGCUGAAGUUGGUGGGAGAAGCAGCCGAACAACAGCUGGAGAGGCGUCAGUUCCACUUCCCCAACCUAGACUAAAAGAAAACCCUAUGAACCCCUUUGUGCUCUCUGUAAACAAGUGGGGAAAUGUCCAUUCACUCUGGUGGAGGAAGGAGAAGAAACUGCACGUAGGAACACUCAUCAAACAGGAAUGAGUGUUCUCUGGCCUGCAUCCCCCUUCUCUUUGCUCCAUUCAGUUGUAUGGAAGAGGGGAGGGGGCACUGCAACUGGUGCAGGGAGGGGAGGGUGCAGAAGAAACACAAUUUCCUCAGCCCUGUGCAAGCCAGUAAAUGUAUAUGGAAAGAUUAAUUUGCACACAGGGCAGUUUAAAAUAGCUUAAAGCAAUCCUGGCUACACAAACCAAAACUGAGAGCUCCACACCAAGAGCAAUUUCUGCCCUAAUAAACUACCCAGAUAAAGGUUGGUUGGAGAAACUGAGGUGAAGGGGAAGCUGAGCUUUGCUCGGAGGAAUUAAGAGCUGCUCAAAUAUUUAUCCCAGCAUCCUUUUAAGGGUGCAAUCCUGGGGGUUGAUGGGAGUUUGAUUCCAAGGUUUAUUUGGAGGGCAUGACAUUGGUUAGCCUGAUACUAGAUGCCCAAUUCACCCGGGAGAAUAAGCCCCACCAAACUCAGUAGGACUUCCUUCUGAAUGGACACACAUAAGGUGGCACUGUAAAUAAGGCUGAUUAGCAAAAGUUAUGCAUUGCUGACCAGUCAGCAUUUGAGUGAGUUUAAAUGUCCCUCUAGAUUACUGCUCUUCCACUGGGAAUGAGCAGUGGUGCCAUAAGAAGCCCAGCAGAGGCUCAGUUUAAAUGUGAUGCUAAGUGGGUUUUAAAAAUACAUGCUGAGCCAGGCUUCAAUAAAGCUGCUGUUCCCUUUAAACCAGGUUUGGGAUGGAAUUCGUGGGCCAGAUGCGGCACAGAGAUGUGCUAAUGGUGCAUGCAGGAACCAGCACCCGAUUAAAGCAUAAUAUUCACCUCUAAUCCACCGGAGGAAAUCGGUUUUGGUCCAUCACCAUCAACUUUAUAAUCGGACUAGAAUUUUGGCCCAAGCUGGGAGCGUAAGAGGGG